ACAAAGAUCCUGCUCUUUUUAAAACGGGCUUACAUUAGUCGAAAAAACACCAUUGACACAGAGACGGCAUAGGAGUGGCACUGGGUCGGUCGGUCGGAUUUUUCGGAUCGGAUCUCAGUUUAAUAACAAUAUAUCUACACAGACAAACAGAUACAGCUGGACGAAUAUCCAAAGGGGGGUACCUUAGAAUUAAUCUUCACUAAACAAGCUUCUUGAGAUAUCUUGAUCUCUACUACGUUCUGUUUCCUUUUAAACUCGACAUUUUUUUGGAUGUAAAUAACUACCCUUGUUAUUUCAAACAUCGGACUGAUUUGUAAUUGAAGAUCUUUUAUUUUUAUAAGCCACGUCUGGGAAGAGGGGGAACCACACGGACAAAGCACAGGGCAGGUCGCUGGCAGAAGGCGGAGGAAGUGUACACAUCGCCGGUUGCAACACAGGAGAGAAGGAACCAAGCGCAAAGUUAGAAGUGUUUCACUAAAAUCGUCUGACCAUGACCAUAACGGAGAUGAACAGAUUUAACAUCACACCCGAUGACGACACUAGCAGCACCAACAGCAACGACUACCCUCCCACGAAAAAGAUUCCCAUUAAUAGUCAAUAUGCCGAACAUGAUGCAGAAAGUCAGAAUUUUCUGCCAAAUUUGUACUAUGGGAAAAAGAAAUUUGAAGAAGAAUAUAGAACUGGAAAUACCUCAUUUGGAAUUUCAGCAUUUAACCUCAGCAAUGCCAUUAUGGGCAGUGGCAUUCUCGGAUUGGCAUAUGCCAUGGCUAACACUGGAAUCGUACUUUUUGUGAUCCUUUUGAGUGCUGUAUCAGUAUUUUCCCUGUAUUCCAUACAUCUCUUACUGAAGACUGCAAAGGAAGGAGGUUCACUGGUCUAUGAACAACUUGGACUGAGAGCAUUUGGGUUACCUGGGAAAUUGGCAGCAUCACUUUCAAUCACGAUGCAGAAUAUUGGAGCUACAUCGAGCUACCUCUACAUUGUGAAAUAUGAGCUACCAAUUGUCAUUCAUGCUUUCCUGGGACUUGAGGAAACGACUGGACAAUGGUACGCGAAUGGUGACUACUUGGUUCUUUUAGUGUCUUUAUUCAUCAUUCUUCCUUUGUCCCUGCUGAAGAAUUUAGGCUACUUGGGCUACACCAGUGGGUUGUCCCUUCUCUGCAUGCUCUUCUUCCUAAUAGUUGUAAUUCACAAGCACUCUGCAAUUCCUUGUCCAUUGCCCCUUAUGGACCAGGAGCUAGGCAAUGCAACACUGAAUAUGACGAUAAUGAUGACUGCAACAUCAGCGUAUGAAGCAGUUACCAGCGUUUCAGAGCCCAGUUUAAUGCACAAUGAAACCGAUGAGGAUAUGUGUAAACCGCAAUUAUUUGUCUUCAAUUCACAGACUGUCUAUGCGGUACCAAUUCUGACAUUUGCCUUUGUGUGCCAUCCAGCUGUACUUCCUAUUUAUGAAGAACUCAAAGACCGAUCUCGCAAGAAGAUGCAGAGAGUUUCCAACGUUUCGUUCUUUUUUAUAUAUAUUAUGUACCUGUUGGCUGCUCUCUUUGGUUACCUGACCUUCCUUGGUGAAGUUGAGCCAGAGUUACUUCACACAUACUCAAGGGUGUACCAAGUUGAUACUGUCCUCCUUAUUGUCCGUCUGGCAGUACUUGUGGCUGUUACAUUGACAGUUCCAGUUGUGCUUUUUCCAAUUCGAGCCUCUGUUCAGCAGCUGCUUUUCCCCAGCAAAGAAUUUAACUGGAUACGUCAUACAAUAAUCACUAUUGUAAUUCUGAGCUGCAUUAACUGUCUGGUCAUUUUUGUUCCUACCAUCCGAGAUAUCUUUGGCUUCAUAGGUUCAUCUGCUGCUGCUAUGUUGAUUUUUAUCCUGCCUUCCGCAUUUUACCUUAAACUUGUAAAGAAAGAGCCAAUGAAAUCAGUGCAGAAGAUUGGGGCAUUAAUUUUCCUGAUCAGCGGCAUAUUUGUUAUGUUUGGAUGCAUGACGCUCAUAAUUCUCGACUGGAUCCACAACGCAUCAGCGGAUGAUGGCCACUAAACUGCUGCUGAAGAAAACCACAUACUCGACUGAACAGAACUGAGCAUUACUCUGAAGAACAAUUACUAUUUUUCCAGCCUUGAAAUUUCCAAGAAAUCUGAAAGGCAUUCAUGUUUGCUGUCUUCCUCAAAGUUAGGAAUAGUUGUCCAAAAUACUAAACUAUUUAUAUUGUAACUGAUUAUUGAUCAAUGUGGGCCCAGGCCAUAAUAAUACCAUUCCUAGAGAAUGGACUAAUUGGUGUAUAAUAUGUAUUUAUACGGCCACGUAUGUGGUGGAACAAAGCAUUAUAAACCCUUAGAAAAUUAACUUGUAGAUAUUGAAUCUAAAUUAAUUAGGGUGUGGCCAUAUUUCACUGUAUAUUAGUAGAUUUAAGCAGUCAGCAUGUAGACAUUCAGCAAUUUUUGACUUUUUUUAAAAAACAGAACUAUUGUGGACAUAGACUUGAUUAUUUAAUUUUAAGGCAGCAACCUGCCUUUUUAGUAAAGAGUGGUGUAUACUCUUGUUCAAAAUGUAAUGUUGAUUAAAAACAAUAACACGUUGGCAGGCAAGACACAGUGAAAGACUUCUGUAAACUGGCCGAGUUUAUUUUACAAAUGAAACAAAUAGAACUACAUGGAUGAAGUUGGCAGAAAGACCUGCAUCAGUGCUGUAUGGUUCUAUGAUUCUACACUAUGUUAAUUAUUUUUGUUUGUUUUUGAAAUAUUCAAAUCUGUUCUGGAUAAAAUGACUUUGGAUAAACUGCAUGCAUCCAGUGGGAUAAAGAAAACACGCAGAACAGAAGUUCAAUUCUUGGCUGGAGUUGAUGCACCUCAACAGGAGCAUCAAUUGAGAUUUGCUUUGGCCACAUCCCUAGGCCAGUGAGUGGAUAGAACAUGUCCCUCACAAAUCAACUACAGGAUUGCCCCCCUUUUAUCUGGGAUGCUGGAUAAGUGUAGGAUCAGAUUCCACUCUUGUGUCCCAUAUCCCAAUACUGUCAACAUUCACGUUGAAAUAAAUAGUGAUGGUGGACAGAUUUCAGUGUGGAUUUGGUGUUUAUCUCAUUGUACCUACCUCAGGCACAAGGGGAACAAAAGAUGAAAAGAACACAUCUUGUCCAGCUCUCUAGCUUUAAGGGUUCUCACCUGUUUGCUGAGUAUGUGUCUGAUUGCAAUUGAGGAAAGGUGUAACAAUCCAGACUUUGGGUACUGUCUGCGUAGAGUUUGCAUGCUCUCCCUGUGGGUUUCCUCCAAGUGCUUCAGUUUCUUCCCACAUCCAAAAGACCUGUGGGCUGGUUGGUAAAUUGGCCCCUGCGAAUUGUCCCAAGUGGGAGGUAAAAUCGGCAAGGAAAGUAAAAAUGUGAUGAAUGUAGGAUUGGUGUGAAAUUGGUGGUUGAUGGUCAGCCUGAACUCAGUGGGCUGAAAAGCAUGUUUCCUUGCUGCAUCUCUAACAUAAUUGGCUUAUCAUAGAUAAUUGGAGAUUUAGUUUUCACACUAAACUUGUAACUAUGUCUUGUCGAAGAAUUCAGCAUGUUUAAAGUAUUUUUUUGAAGCUGCUUUUUCUUGUAUAAUAAUGCUGUUUUUAGUGAUGUAUAAUCAUUGAGAAUGUUGGCAUCAAGAAUCCAUUUCAUAGUUAAUGAGACGACUGAAGUAGAUUUUACAUUUUUCAAAAUGAUUUUGUACCAUUGGUUGAAUACCAUUGUGGCAUUUCUUCACAUCUGCCAGCUGUUCCACUUCUAGAAGCUUAAUCUGUGAACGUGCAAUGUAAACAGGGGAGCAGUAUCCAUUGUUUUCGCAGAGCCAUUUUCUGUCCAGCUAAUAAACAUCAAUGGUACACUUUGUAGAGGUUGCAUUGGACUCUCAUCAAAGUGCACUCAUGAUGAUUUGCGAGCAGAAAACAAAACACACUACAUUGUCCUUUCUAAGUCACGUGUCUAAGCCAAGCAGUAGUUGUUGGAAGUUGAAUUUGUGCAAUUGUAAUGAACAAUGUGGCACUUCCAUUGACAACUCGAGCUUCAAAACACCACUCAGGCACUUCCUUUGUGUCUCUUUUGCCAUCUGUUGCCACUACAGAGAAUGGCUGUAAUUUUCAAUUAUGUUGUCAGUUGUCUUAAAUGACGACAAGUAGUUGAAUGUGACAAUAACACAAAUGAGAUAAGGGGAUCCAAGAAGAAAAUAUGGCAUUCUUUUAACAAUAUUGUAUAUUCAGUACUGAAUGAUUUUCUGCCUCCUGAAAUUGAAGUGUUAUUCUGCUGUUCCCACUUGGUUACUUGAAAGAAAACUUGUAUAUUGUGCUUCCUAUGACAGUUCAACCUGCUGCAAACUGUUUUAUUUUUUAAUUUGCUAUUUGUCAUAGAAUAUUUAUAGACCCAGAGGAAAGCAGUAUAAUUUAACAUAUUUAUGACUAUGUAAAUAAAUGUACAUAAUCUUGGACUAUUUGUAAAUACAUUGUCAAUAUUUAAGAGGUAUUAUUGUUCCUUUACAUCCUUCUGAGACAAUUACUGGACUAUCUUCGAAUCUUUGAAGAUCGUCUGCUGACUACUGGUACUCUGUUUCAGUGCUUUGUGUUUCCUUUGUUCAAUAUAACUUGUGUAACACAAUAUCAAGUGCUAAAACGGUGUGACAUUGCCAAACGAGUAAGUGAACUGGCACAAUGUAAUUAUUUGUACUGAGUGACUGGACAUUCAUCAGUUCUGGAUUACUGGUUGUUGCUGUCAAACAGAACCUCAGUUGAUCAACAUUGAAACCAUAUCAAAUUUUGUUAAUUAGUAAACAUAAAUACUAUUUUAAGACUUAUUCGUUAGUGGAAGCUAGACUCAUUGACGUUUGUAAAAUUGCGAAACAAUUAUAAUUUUUCAAUUUGUUUUUUGUAACAUUUUUACAAAGAACUAUAAUGAACCGUGACUUACAACUGAAGUUCAUGUUUCAAUUACAGUCACCAGAACUUUAAAAAGCUUGUGCAUUGAUUCUACUUGUAUAAUUCACUCUAAAUAUUUGUACCUGUGAAAGCAUGCAGUACAGAAAGCUUAUAAAGCAUGACUGCUGCUUUUUAGCAUAUCCUUUUCAUCAAUGUGGGUAGACUGCCUUCAUGUCUUGUAUUUUCUGAUACUAUUAAAAAGGCUUUACCUGACAUUAUGUAAAAGUUAUCAUGUAUGUACAUUUCUAUACCGUUAACUGUGACAGGCUGACAAUUUGGAUGGAGGUAAUUUGGUUGUUAGUAAAGAGGAUGCAUUAUUAACAAUGCUACACUCUAGUUUCAAUGAAACACCCAUUGUAUUGUACAUAUUGUAAAUAAAGUUAUACUCUUAAAACAA